AUGUCUACUGGAAACAUAAAUAUUAAGUCACGAAAACUUGAUGAGGCAGUACAUGAAGGAUGGCUGAUGAAGAGGGGUGAACAUAUCAAGAAUUGGCGGCCAAGAUAUUUCGUUCUUUUCAAAGAUGGUGCAUUGUUAGGGUUUAGAGCGAAACCUGAUCCAGACCAGCCGCUUCCCGAUCCUUUGAAUGAUUUUACAGUUAAAAAUGUUCAGUUGAUGAAAGUAGAGAGGCCAAAGCCAAAUACAUUCCUAGUUCGUGGUCUUCAAUGGACAACUGUCAUUGAACGAAUGUUUAACGCUGAGACUGCUGAAAUACGUGAGGGCUGGAUUAAUGCAAUAAAGAUUGUUUCGGAUUCACUUAAGGAGUCGGAAUCUCAAAUGGAUACCGAAAUGAUGGAGGAAUCGGGUGUUCUGUCAGAAGUAAAUCGUCAAACAACAGCUGCGCAUGAACAGUUCAAAAUGUCGAUGAGUGGAGGAAGAGAUAUGAUGAGUAUGGCUGAUGCUGCAGAAGCUGCACGAAGAGAUGAGAUUUCCUUAGAAGAUUUCGAAUUUCUGAAAGUGCUGGGUAAAGGUACUUUUGGUAAAGUUAUCUUAUGUAAAGAACAGCGAACGAGGAAACUUUAUGCGAUUAAAAUACUGAAGAAAGAAGUCAUUAUUCAAAAGGAUGAAGUGGCGCAUACCUUAACAGAGAACCGUGUAUUGCAGAGAUGCAAGCAUCCAUUUUUAACUCAGCUGAAGUACAGUUUUCAAACGCCUUUUCAUUUAUGUUUCGUGAUGGAAUUUGCGAAUGGUGGUGAAUUAUUCUUCCAUUUACAACAGAAUCGGAUCUUUAGCGAAACAAGGACACAAUUUUACGGCGCCGAAAUUAUCCUUGCACUUGGUUACCUGCAUGAACAGUGCAUUGUUUAUAGGGAUAUGAAGGAGCUACGAUAUUCAUUUCAAACCAACGAUCGGCUCUGUUUUGUCAUGGAAUUUGCGAUUGGUGGCGACCUUUAUUAUCAUCUAAAUAAGGAGGUACAGUUGAAAAGAGCAGGAUUCAGUGAAUCACGAACUGGCUUCUACGGUGCUGAAAUCGUAUCCGCAGUUGGCUAUUUGCACGCCAACGACAUUAUUUAUCGGGAUUUGAAGCUAGAAAAUUUACUUUUGGACAAAGAUGGCCAUAUAAAGAUAGCUGAUUUUGGAUUAUGCAAGGAAGACAUAUCGUUCGGUGAUCGAACAAGGACUUUUUGUGGUACACCAGAAUAUUUAGCUCCUGAGGUACUUGAAGAUAAUGACUAUGGUCGUGCGGUUGACUGGUGGGGUGUUGGUGUUGUGAUGUACGAAAUGAUGUGUGGUCGAUUGCCUUUUUAUUCAAAGGAUCAUGAAAAGCUGUUUGAGUUAAUCCUUACUGGUACUAUACGUUUUCCAUCGAAAUUGACAGCACCAGCUAGAGCUUUACUUACUGGAUUACUGAUCAAAGAUCCGAACCAAAGACUUGGCGGAGGACCGGAAGACGCGCAGGAAAUUAUGCAGCACGAAUUCUUCAAUAAUAUUAACUGGGAGAAGUUGUACCGGAAAGAAAUCACUCCUCCAUUCAGGCCGAACGUGCAGUCGGAUACUGAUACUUGUUAUUUCGAUAAGGAAUUUACUCAAGCUCCAGUACAACUUACUCCACCAUCAGUUCAUUCAGGACCUUUGGAUACGGUUGAUGAACUGGAUGAAAUGCAGAAUAAUUUCGUACAAUUUUCUUUUCACAACGUCAUGUCAUCUCCUUUACGUGAUGUUAAUGAUACAAUGGACGCACUCGAAUAA